CGGAAUUGUUGGACUGCGACUGCUGAAGAAUUUUUCAGCAGGCUGGAACGAACAGGGCAUCAACUGGCAACAUCCAAGGCAAGACCAAACCAAAACUAGAGGAAUACCACUCUGAAGUUAGAACGCAUCAGUGGUCAAGUACCGCUCCAAGUGGUUCCACGAAACUGCUGGCCAUUUUCAGUCUGGCAAAUAUUGGAAUUUAGUGGAAUGCGAAUGAACUUCCGAAACAGAAUUGCAUUUGUUGGAUGAAUUUUCAUCUGAAACGGGAUUUUCUUUGCGAAUAGGCUACUCUCCGGCUAUACUCUCAUUCAUUCGACGUCUGCACACAUUUUUGUUUGUGUGACUGAAGACAACAGUAAGACUCGCGUUACUGUAAAGAAGCGUUUUCAUUAUUUUGCACCAAACUAUGGAGGAUCCAGCCCGAAUCAUGCAGGCGCUCGGCGGUGUCGCUCUUGGUGGUCUUUCGGUGCAAGGGGGUAUGGGUUUGCCGCCUUCGCAUGGACUCGAGGGGGCGGACGGAGAUGGAAGAAAACAAGACAUCGGGGAUAUUCUGCAGCAAAUCAUGACCAUUACUGACCAAAGCUUGGAUGAAGCACAAGCAAAGAAACAUUCCCUCAACUGUCACCGAAUGAAACCAGCCCUCUUCAGUGUUCUCUGUGAGAUCAAAGAGAAAACAGGUCUCAGUAUCCGUGGCGCUCAGGACGACGACCCUCAGGACCCGCAGCUCAUGCGUCUGGACAACAUGCUGCUGGCGGAGGGGGUCUCGGGCCCGGAGAAGGGAAGCGCCUCGGCCGCGGCCGCAGCCGCCGCCGCCGCCGUGGGCGGAGGGGUGGACAACUCGGUGGAGCACUCGGACUACCGCGCCAAGCUCACGCAGAUCAGACAGAUCUACCACACCGAGCUGGAGAAGUACGAGCAGGCGUGUAAUGAGUUCACGACCCACGUGAUGAACCUGCUGCGGGAGCAGUCGCGCACGCGGCCCAUCUCGCCCAAGGAGAUCGAGCGCAUGGUGGGCAUCAUCCACCGCAAGUUCAGCUCCAUCCAGAUGCAGCUCAAGCAGAGCACCUGCGAGGCCGUCAUGAUCCUGCGCUCACGCUUCCUCGAUGCCAGGAGAAAAAGACGGAACUUCAGCAAGCAGGCCACAGAGAUCCUGAACGAGUACUUCUACUCUCACCUGAGCAACCCGUACCCCAGCGAGGAGGCCAAAGAGGAGCUGGCCAAGAAAUGCCAGAUCACCGUCUCUCAGGGCGUGGGGAGCACCAUCACAGUGUCACAGGUGUCCAACUGGUUUGGAAACAAGCGGAUCCGCUACAAGAAGAACAUCGGGAAGUUUCAGGAGGAGGCCAACCUGUACGCUGCCAAGACUGCCGUGAGCGCCGCCCAUGCCGUAGCCGCAGCCGUGCAGAAUAGCCAGGCCGACUCCCCCACCACGCCCAACUCCGGGUUCCAGAUGAAAGAUGAGGAGUUUCAGAUGGAUGCCACAGAGAGCAAAAACUCACUUUUACCCAACAUGUUCACUGGUUCCUCUGGCUCCUUUAGCCUCCCAAACUCGGGGGACAUGUUCAUGAGCAUGCAGGGCCUCAAUGGGGCCUCCUACACAGGGGCUCAGGUGGGAGCUGGUGUUCAGUCGCAGGGGGAUACCAUACGUCAUGCUAUCAGCCAGGCGGUCGGAUACAAUGACGGCCUGCGAGGUCAUCUCUACAGUCCGCACGGUCUAAAUGGUAAUGGAGGAUGGCACGAUGCCCCGACCCCUUCCUCCGUGACCUCGCCCACAGAGGGGGCAGGGAGCGUCCACUCGGAUACCUCAAACUGACCUCCCACUCCACUGCGCCCCCGUUCCCGCUCCAACCCACCCCUAGCCUCCUCUUCCUCCUCUUCCUCCUCCUCCUCCUCACACCAGUCGGCUGCCAGCUCCCUGGGGCCGCCGGCCUGGCCAGCGCUGCUGGUGUCCUGAUUGGCUGCGUUCCUAGACACUACUACCUGCUCUCACACGGACGCUGGCGGCCAUUUUGGACCCCUGCUGUGACUGUUCUUGGCAGAGGCUCCCCUGUUUUAUGUCCCAGCGGACAUGAUCCAUAACGUCGCUGAGACACUUUCAGUUCACUUAUACAAUGUGUGUCCUACAUGAUUCCCGGCUUUUGGGAAAGAGACUGCACACAGUAGCGAAAAAGGACUCCGCGGAGGAUUUUAAUGUAGACUUAAAAGCAGACAUAACCAUUUUUUUGUUUGUUUGUCCCUUUUCUUUGGGCCACAGAUCCACCUGUUAGGCUAAUAUUAGCAGCGCAACCCAACAUUGUUUUUACUCCAACUUGCCCUUGCCCCAACACCCAACUCUAAAGACCAAGAUGAGCCCCAGACUGGAGAAAUGUACAAUAUGAAUGAGCUGUCACCACCCUUGGCAUCACCUGAACUCCAAUGCUGAGCACAGAAGCAACCCACAGAGUCUGGGCCUCUUGUGUCUCUGGUUCAAGAACUUGCGGAUCCUUCCGGAAUCACCCGCCGAUUGCCAACGGAGGUUUUUUUUUUAUUUUUAUUUUUUAUUUUACUAUUCUGUCAUUGCUAUUGUCUUGUAGUGUCUCACAUUCCAUUUGACUCUCAGUGUCCAGUCUUGAGGCCUGGCGAUUCCAACGAGGUUGCAUGUCAAGUUAGAGCCCAUGUGUUUUUCACUCAGAAAGAAGGCUGGAGAACGAAGAAUGAAGUGGUGUUCUUGUCAACCCAUUUCACUGCUGUGAAGCCCCUCACCGCCUCGCUAGCUCCAUAGCUCCCCUACCUACCUGUGUACAUACUAUCACCAGUGAGCCAACAAGGAUGACUACACUAUCCAUUUCGCUUGAUAGACCAGCACUAUACGCCAGAUCUGAAAUCCAUACCGCCUGGGCAACUUCUACCCCUCUCCAAAUAGCUUAUAUACUCCAAUCAGAUUCUGCUGGGUAAUAGGCUGUCCAACUCAUUCAUUUAGCAAAUGUUAGACGUUUUAUGAAGUUCGUCUUGUUAUUCAUAUGGGAAUAAUUAAUAUCCUUAGUUGCCUAACUGUUAGAAACCACGGAAUAAGUGUCCUCGUUUUAUUUUUUAGAGAGAUAACAAGUUAGCCUAAACUUCAUUUGAAGCUACUUCAUGCCUCGACUGUUGAGAGAAAGAAAGUCUAGCUACCUCUAGCAGUAUGUUGUAGGACGUGACCAGGCAGUGUGGCAUGCUCUUGAACCAGCACUCAUACAAGAGAGCAAUUUCCAGAACAGGUCUUAGCUUUAUGAGAGUACAGUAUAUACAGAACCCAUAGCCCAAAGUACACGAUAAACUCCCUGAGAGACAGCAGCAAAUUUCUGACAGUAAUGUUUAUGUUUGUACCAGAAAUAUCUUUGGAGAUGGCAACCUCAUUUAGUUCAUUUAGAUAUUUGACAUUCUAAAUCUUAGAGUGAUCACGUACUACCUCUCAGUGUAAUCAUGUGCAUUUUAUUUUUUUCUCUGCUUUUUUUUUUAAUGUAUUGUAAUUACUUCAGGGUUUAUUCAUGUAAUGUUGUGUAUGUCUUAAUCCUGUUAAUUAAUGCCAGAUGCAUCGUGGGAGUUUUUUUGUCUUCAAGGCAGACACUCUAUGUGUGAAACAGGCAACAGUAGCAGGGAGAUGACACCAGGCAGGCUUGCUCUUACACUAACGAAGAACAGUGAAACUGUUGUAAAUAAAUACUGAAGAACAUUUUGAAUGUUGCUCAUUUUGCUACUUAUUCUCUCCAACAUAAUUGAUGAAAGAAAACAAAUGACAUUGACUUUCAGUAAACAAAUGUGUAUACCAGGCUCUGUUUGACAGGGUAGACUUACUUUACACUCCUCAAGCUCUUUUUUCGUAUCCUUUUCUUUUCUUUGUAUUGUAUACCAUUUGGAAAUGGGUGAACUUACGAGAAAAAAAAAAUACAAGAUGAAAAGAUAAUUCUAAUGACAGAUGAAAAAUGUUUUGUGUUGAUUUCUAAUCAUGCUACGGUACGUAGAGGACUCAACAGUAACUCCUCUCUGUGGUAGCUCCUGUGUAGUUUUAAAAAAAAGCAAAUAAACUUACUUU